UAGUUUUGAUACUCAGGGCAUUCUAUCCAUUACUUUUUGUGUGUGAUGAUAACACCCACAACCAUGUCAACGAAGAAUCCUGUUGGUUUAAGAUUGAUGAUGUUUAUGCUGUGUGUGGUGUCGCAGGUUGUUAAUGGAGAACAGCAAAUCAGAUGCCUUCCAAAGGAGAGGGAAGCACUCCUCCAAUUCAAGGCUGCCAUUGUCGAUCGCUACGCCAAGCUAUCCUCUUGGACCACUCCCGACUGCUGCCAAUGGGAAGGAAUUCGCUGCAGCAACGUCACCUCCCAUAUUCUAAGCCUCGACCUUCACUGUGAAAUUGAUAUUGGAUAUGAUGAUCAAUAUAUAGAAAUCUUUGUACCUUAUCUGAGUGGAGAGAUUCACAAGUCGUUGAUGGAGUUGCGACAAUUACAGUAUUUGAACCUCAAUACUAAUUAUUUUCCUGGGAGUCACAUUCCAGAGUUUCUUGGUUCUUUCAGAAACUUGAGAUAUCUUGAUCUCUCGUACUGUCAUUUUGGCGGAGAAAUUCCCAGUCAGUUAGGCUCUCUUUCUCAUUUGAAAUACUUAAAUCUGGCUUCGAAUUCUUUAGAGGGUUCAAUCCCUCAUCAGCUUGAAAAUCUCUCCCAAUUGCAGCAUCUUGAUCUCAGUGGCAUUUCUUUUGAAGGAAAUAUACCAUCUCAACUUGGAAAUCUCUUCCGGUUACAGUAUCUUGGUCUCAGUGGCAAUUAUUUUGAACAAAGUAUACCAUCUCAACUUGGAAAUCUCUCCCAGUUACAAGAGCUCUAUCUUUCUGAUAACAUCAACUUUGCCCAUGGAGGUCAGUGGCUCCCAAAUCUCCUUUCUUUAACCCAUCUUUACUUGGAUUCUGUACCAAAUCUUAAUCGGUCACUUACUUUGUUGCAAGCGAUUGCAAAGCUACCAAAACUAAGAAAACUAAGUUUAGUUAAUUGUAGCCUUUCCGAUCAUUUCAUUAUGUCAUCCAUGCCUUCUAAGUUCAAUUCUUCUACUUCCCUCUCAGUCCUUUAUCUUCCUUGGAACACCUUCACGUCUUCUUCAAUGGUAUUCCAAUGGGUGUCAAACAUAACUUCCAACCUUGUUGAGCUUGACCUUACUGGUAACCACUUGAAGGGUUCCACCUCAAGUGAUUUUGGCAUGCUCAUGCAUUCGCUUAGGUACCUUGACCUCUCCGCUAAUUAUUUCAAAGCCACGGAUUUGAAAUCUUUCAUGAAUAUAUGCACCUUAAAUUCUUUAUAUAUGCAUUCAAACAAUUUGAUUGAAGACCUUCCCUCCAUUCUCGGUAAUUUGUCCGGUGGUUGCGUUAUACACUCAUUGCAAGAUUUGGGUCUAGUACAUAAUCACAUCACUGGCACUUUGCCUAACAUUUCAAUAUUCUCUUCUUUGAAAACGUUGCUUCUUGAUGGAAAUAAGUUAAGUGGAGCAAUACCGGAAGGCGUCGAGUUACCAUCUACGUUGGAGGACUUGUCAAUUGGAUUCAAUUCAUUAGAAGGUGGAAUUCCAAAAUCAUUUGGGGAUGCAUGUUCUUUGCUCUCAUUGGACAUGUCUUAUAAUAACUUGAGUGAUGAGCUUCCGAUGAUAAUUUUUCACUUGUCUGGAUGUGCUAGAUAUUCAUUGGAACAAUUAUGUCUAGGCAUGAAUCAAAUCAAUGGCACACUACCUGACUUCUCAACAUUCACAUCUUUAAAAACACUACAUCUUUACAACAAUAAGCUAAAUGGAGAGAUUCACAGGGACAUUCAAUUUCCACCUAAACUGGAAGGCCUCUACAUGUAUUCAAAUUGUUUAAAGGGUGUGCUGACUGACUACCAAUUUGCUAAUAUGUCUAAGUUACAAGUCUUGGCUUUAUCUGACAACUCAUUGGGCUUGGAAUUUACUCAAAAUUGGGUCCCACCUUUUCAAUUGUUAAUUAUCGAAUUGAGAUCUUGCAAGCUAGGUCCAACAUUUCCCAAAUGGUUGCAGACGCAAUAUAAAUUUGUCCAUAUUGACAUUUCAAAUGCUACAAUAUCAGAUACUAUUCCUGAAUGGUUUUGGGUUAAAUUACCACUACAAAAAGUGAUGAAGAUGAAUAUUUCAUGCAACAAUCUACAAGGUACAAUUCCAAAUGUUUCAUCAACAUAUGUUUCCAUAUCCAUGUUCCUUGGAUCAAAUCAAUUUGAAGGUUCUAUUCCUCUAUUUCUACGAAAUUCUCAACUUCUUGAUUUAUCAUAUAAUAAAUUCUCAAAUCCUCUUUCAUUUUUGUGUGGAGAAAAUGCAAUUUCAGUUCAAGUUGUUUUAGACAUUUCAUAUAAUCAGUUAUCUGGAGAUAUCCCAGAUUGUUGGAAAAAAAUCAACUCACUAGUUUAUUUAGAUUUGAGUUACAAUAACUUUUCAGGAAAAAUUCCAACUUCAAUGGGAUGGCUUCUUGAUCUUCAAGCAUUGUUGUUGAGAAACAACAAUUUAAUAGAAGGAAUCCCUUUAUCCAUAAGAAAUUGCACAGAGCUAGUAAUGCUUGAUUUGUCAGAAAACAAAUUAUCAGGAUCUAUCCCUGAUUGGAUUGGGACUAAUAAAGAGUUGCAAAUAUUAAAUUUGAGAAAGAAUCAAUUCUAUGGAAGUUUACCGUUAGAAGUUUGUUGUUUAAGAAACAUUCAAGUCUUGGAUCUCUCUCUAAACAACUUAUCAGGAAAAAUUCCUAAAUGCAUACAAAAUCUUACUUCAAUGCUUCAAACAACAUCUUUAGUAGAUUAUGAAGGUCAUUCAUAUAUGUUGUUUUAUUGUUCUACUGGAAUCGGCAUGUCAUACAAUUUGAAAGCAUGGUUGACAUGGAAAGGUUCAAAACAAAUGUUUAUGAAUAAAGGUUUGUCACUUUUAAAAAGCAUUGAUCUCUCAAGCAAUCAUUUUUCUGAAGAAAUUCCUACAGAAAUAGAGAAAUUACAUGGGUUGAUUUCAUUGAACUUAUCAAGAAAUAAUUUGAUCGGAAAAAUUCCUUCAAACAUUGGAAAGUUAACAUCACUUGAUUCUCUUGAUUUGUCAAGAAAUCAACUUGUUGGUUCAAUUCCUCCAAGCCUUGCUCAAAUUUAUGGACUUGGUGUGUUAGAUUUGUCUCAUAACCAUCUAACUGGAGAAAUUCCAAUAGGCACGCAAUUACAAAGUUUUAGUAUAUCAAGCUAUGAAGAUAAUCUCAAUCUUUGUGGACCACCACUUGAGAAAUUAUGUAUUAAGGGUGGAUCAACACAAGAACCAAAUGUUGAAGUUCAUGAACAUGACUAUUCAUUGUUCAAUGAUUUUUUUGUAAGUAUGACAUUUGGAUUUGUUAUAAGCUUCUUCAUGGUGUUUGGCUCAAUCUUAUUCAAAAGUUCUCGGAAACGUGCAUAUUUCAAUUCUUAAAUGACUCAGAAGACAAUAAUGUUCAUGCCAAGAUACAAUAUUUGAUAACUUAAGCUCGACAAAUAUUAACAGGGCAAUUGAAACCUACCGAUCCUCUUGCACGACUUUACCUUUGAGCUUGUUAAUUCUUGGACAAGGCAAUGAUUUCUUCAAACUGUUAAGAUAUGCCAAAUACUUUAUUAAGAGAUAUUAGGCAAUCAAAUAUUUUGUUAGUUAUAAUUUAGAAUUAUUAUAAUUUGUGCAGAUCUGUACACCUGUCAUUCAUUUAAUAGAAGAAUUAUAGGAUCCUCGUAUGUAUAUAUAUGGUACUCUACUCUUUGAAAUAAUACAUCAGAAUAGGAAUCAGUGCUUCUUUUUCCUU